AACCGAUUGGGUACGAUUACGAAAGUUGAGGGUCGUUAAGACAAAUGUAUAAACUUGAUUUGCCGAUAGAUACUAAAGAAGCUGCAGCGAUUGAAUUAAGAAGAAGGAGAGAGAAAGAGCGUCAAGCACGUAUUUUUGACGCCCGUGUUCGCCAAAUUGGGAUUGAUGACGAAGCUCUUAAACAUCAGGUGGAGGAGAAAAAACUUCGAGAGUUAGAAGAGAAACAACGUGAAUUAGCAUAUGCUGCGGAUGCAGCGCGUAACGACAAGAUUGCGUGCUUAUUAGAGAAGCGACAACAUGAUGAUGAAAGAGAACUCGCAAAGAAUCUUAAUGAAUUUAGAUCCAUUCAUCAGCAACCUGAGUCAAGAAGAGAAUUCGACCUUUACGAUCCCAAUGCAUUAAAAUUAGACCGUCCUGCUCGUGUUUCUGAUGAUGACCCUCGAUGUGGUGUUGCCUCUCUUCAAAAGUUUGAUGGUGAAGAUUUGAAUUUAAAGGCUAGAAUGAAAUAUCAACGAGAACAGCUACAAAACUGGUUUGACAGACAGAUUGAGGAAAGGAAUAGGGCCGAAAAUGCCAAGAAGGAGGCGGACAGGUUGUAUGAUCUUAAAAGAAGAGAUUUAGAUCAACGUGCAUGUGAACUUCAAAAAGCUGAGGAACAAUGUCGGCGAGCAAUAAAUGUAGCCAUGCAGAGAUAUAACAAACUAUUAAAAGAAGAAAGUGAUCAAAAAGCUCUUCUAAAAGCCAAACAAACAGAAGAUGACAAUAUGACAGAGAUAUGCAAUGCAAUAUAUGGUGAUUUCCUUAGCGAGAAUCCUGCUCAAGCAAUAUCUGCUUUUGGAAUUAAUCGAAUAAUUCCUGACCGUUACAAAGGAAUGACACUUGAACAAAUAAAAGAUAUUCGUAAAUCUCAGGAGGAGCAAAUGAAAGAAAAAGAGCGUCAAUUAGCAAGACAAAAACAAGAGGAUGAAGAAUGGGAUAAUCAACUAUUAAAAUCAGCCAAACUAGGCUUGUUAAUAGAAAGGGAAAUUGAACGCUCUACACGUGAAAUAAAUCGAAAAGUAGCUGAAAAAAAUCUUCAACUUGCUCAUGAACAAAAAGCUUUUCAGGAUUACUUGAACAAAGAACUAUAUACAAAUCAACCAACUGGUCAUUAUUUCACCCAGUUCAAUACUACAUCACGUUAAAAAAAAUAUUAAUAUAUUACUACUACUACAACUACUAUCGAUAAAUAUGUUAUAUUCCAUACUGAUCAAAGAUUUAGAAUAAAAUUUUAAAAAUAAUAAACUUUUAAAAUAAUAUUUUUUAAAAGUUUAAAAGAAGUCAUUUUAUUUUACUUUUUAUUUUCAAACAAACCAUAACAUUGAUAAUAAUGAAUAAAAUUGAAAUACAUUGACAACAAUAUAUUACAGUUACUUAAAAAUGUUUAAGUAUAAGAGUUACUAGGGAUUGUUAUUAUUAUUAUUAUUAUUAUUA